AACAAAAGACCAGAUUUGUUUAUGUUUCUUCUUCCUCUCUGCUUCGAAUUUUCAUCUCUGAUCUGUUUCAGUCAUCGUUUCUCCACUUCCUACGAAUAUUAUACAACAGAGAUCUGUAUUCCCAUUUUUCCCCAGUUACUUUUUUUUUUUUCUUCUUUCCAAAGAUCGUUUGAUCCUUUGUUACAAAAUUAGGAAACUUUCUCCGGAGAUUGCAGGAAUAUGGAUUUGUGGUUGCAACAAUCAGAUUCUCUUUAAAGCAUAUGAAUGUUUCCCUGAAACUUUUUAAAUUUUUGGGGAGCAGGAGGGAGAAGAGAAGAUCACUGUGUGGGAGAGAAAGAUUUGUUUUUUAUUUUGUUUGUAAAAAAAACAAUGGCGAGAGGAGGGAAAGAGGAAGGAGAAAAGCAUAUAGGGUUACUAAAGCUGGCUCAAACGCUUUCGUUUUUGCUUAUAUUUAUGGCCGGAAUCAUCAUCGGCCUCGCCGCUAGCUCUCACAUCGAUCGCUACUUCAAUUCUUUGCCCAGGAUGUUCUCAUCAUCCACCCAUCUCCAAACGAUUCCCUUUUCGACUUCUCCUGAUUACUCCAAUUGCACUGUCAUUCACCGGGAUUGCACAGGUAACGACGAGAACGACGACGACCGAGUCAAGGCGGAGAAACCAAAGGAUCGAGAUUGUUGGACCAUUGAUGGGUUUGUUCGCCCUCGGAAUCUCACACAUGGAAUGACUGAUGACGAGCUGUUCUGGCGAGCUUCCAUGGUUCCGGUCAAGGAGGAGUUUCCUUACGAUAGGGUUCCUAAAGUUGCCUUCAUGUUUCUGACCAGAGGGCCUUUGCCUAUGCUUCCGCUCUGGGAGAAGUUUUUUAAAGGCAAUGAGAAGCAUUUAUCUGUUUACGUUCAUACGCCUCCUGGAUAUGACAUGAAUGUCUCUCGUGAUUCUGCGUUUUACGACCGCCAGAUCCCGAGCCAGAAAGUUGAAUGGGGAUCCCCACUAUUGACAGACGCAGAGAAGCGUCUUCUAGCCAACGCAUUGCUGGACUUCUCAAACGAGCGUUUUGUUCUUCUCUCAGAGAGCUGUGUCCCAGUCUACAACUUUUCAACUGUCUACACUUACCUAAUAAACUCUGCUUACAGUUUUGUAGACUCUUAUGAUGAGCCAACACGUUAUGGACGUGGUCGUUACAGCCGCAAGAUGCUCCCCGAUAUCAAACUCCAUCACUGGCGCAAAGGGUCACAGUGGUUUGAAGUAAACCGAAAAAUCGCCAUCUACAUCAUCUCUGACUCGAAGUACUACUCACUAUUCAAACAAUUCUGCAGACCAGCUUGUUACCCAGACGAGCAUUAUAUCCCCACUUUCUUAAACAUGUUUCACGGUUCAAUGAACGCGAAUAGAAGCGUGACAUGGGUUGAUUGGUCCAUAGGCGGUCCGCAUCCAGCUACAUAUGCUGCAGCUAAUAUCACUGAAGGGUUUCUACUAUCAAUAAGGAAAAACGAGACGGAUUGUCUAUACAAUGAAGAGCCAACUUCGUUAUGCUUCCUAUUUGCUCGGAAGUUCUCUCCUUCUGCCUUAGCUCCUCUUAUGAACCUGAGCUCUACUGUCUUGGGAUUUUGAAGAAAAAAAAUUUGAUUAAUUUCUCUUCUUCUUUCUACUUUUAUAGGGAUGAGAUGAGGUUUUCUACGAGAUAUAUACAUAGGACUCUUUUUUCUUUUUUUUUGGUUAGUUUGCUUUGGUUAUGAUCUCUUCAUUAUUUGGGGUUUUAUAGAGAUGAUCGUGAAGGUCAAGCCUUUUUGUAUGUAAGAGCUUUACUUCUGCUGACCUGCGGAUGCUAAUCUAGUCAUAGAUUACGAAUAUAUAUUCUUUUUCGAAGAAA